AUGCUCGAGUCUGCGGACGACAGUAGCCACGCGGACGGUGCCCCUACCCAGGUGGUGUUCCUGCCAAACGGCAGCAUCAGCAUCCCCACCCCCGGCGGGACCAGCACCACCGCACCCCAGGACGCGUCCCCCGUGGUCGUGCAGGACCUCGACCAAGCCGCAGGGAGCGGCGACGGCGACGGUGACUUUGACGACCAGGAGCUCUCCAGGCUGUCCCCCGAGCACGGUGCCGACCUGGGCGCGACCUCCUUCCAGAGCCCUGGCUUUUUAAAUGGGGAGGAGGGCACGCCCGCAACACAGCCGUCUGUCCCUGUCAUGACGGGCGCGUCCCUGGUGGUGCAUGCCCCGCCGGCGCCCCCGCUCCCCCCGGCGCGCGCCCUCCCGCCGGCCCCUGCGCCGGGCGAGCCCUCCCCAGCCCCAGAACCCAGCCCCGAGAGCGUGGGUAGCGCCACGGAGACCGUGACCGUGCUCUCGCCUGAAACAAACCCCAGCCGGGAGGGGCCCCUGCCCCUGCCCUACCCCAAGUCCUCCGUCGACGGCAGCGGCAAGAGCCAGACCAUCGCCAUCGCGGUGUCAGCCUCCGUGGGCGGCUUCGUGGGCCUGCUGCUCCUCGCCUCCAUCCCCCUGGUCAUCUGGCUGGUGAGGCGGCGCCGCGCCUGGCUGCGCGAGCAGUCCCGCCUGAGCUCCGGCUCCGACCUGGAGGCCGGGCUGGGGUCGGGCCGGCGCAGCAGCUCCCCCCUGGCCAAGCCUGCGCCCAACGAUCGCGGCGACGGCGACGGCAGCCUGGUCACGCGCCCCUCCACCGGCAUGCUGGGCCUGCUGCCCCUGCUGGGCCUGGGCGCGCGGGAGGCCCCCUCCCGCAUGCAGUUCAUGGACCUGCUGGAGGACGAGCUGGCGCCGCAGCGCUCGGCGGCGAGCUCGCAGCUGUGGCCCGGCGGCUCGGGGGCGCUGCCCUGGACCGACGGGCGCGUGAGCCCGGAGGAGAUCACCAUCGCGCUGCGCCCCGACGGCAGCCCCUGGCUGCUGGGCGCCGGCGCGUACGGCCGCGUGUACCGCGCGCUGCGCGAUGGGGUGCAGCCCGUGGCGGUCAAGGUGCUGACGGGGAUGGAGAACAGCCGGCGCAGGGACGAGUUCAUACGCGAGGUCACGCUGCUGCGCUCCUGCCGCGACCACAACAUCGUCCAGUUCAUCGGCGCCUGCAUCCAGGGCGAGGAGGCCAUGCUGGUGACGGAGUUCAUGGAGUUUGGCGACCUGUGGCGCGCGGCCACGCUGCGCUCACCACGCGGCGACCGCAUCUUUGGCUGGUGGGGCCGGGGCCGCAAGGUGGCCCUGGACAUCGCACGGGGGCUGCACUUCCUGCACUCCCGCUCCAUCGUGCACCUGGACCUGAAGAGCGCCAAUGUCCUGCUGAUGCGUGACGGCACCGCCAAGAUCGCGGAUGUCGGCUUCGCGCGCGUCAUGAGCAAGAGCUACAUGCUGUCCUCCACGGGCGGCCUCGGCACCUUUGCCUGGAGCGCCCCCGAGAUGCUCUUUGGCGACCGCUGCAGCGCCAAGUCCGACAUCUACUCCUUCGGCAUCGUGCUGUGGGAGAUCGUGACGGGGGAGACCCCCCUGCGCGGCGACAUGCGCCCCAUGCGCGUGCCCGAGGAGUGCUCCCAGGGCGUGGUGGACCUGUUUGACGCCUGCCUGGCGCAGGACCCGUCGGCGCGCCCGGACACGCGGUCCCUGGUCACCCGCAUCCAGGAGCUACUGGACGAGCCAGUGCCGGGCGCGGCGCAGGGGGUGGAGCUCGAUGCGGCGGGCGACCGGGGGGUUGGCAAACCUGCUGCGGCGGCAGCUCAGGGGCCCGGCGGCUCUGCGGCACCGGCUCAAGUGCCGGACGCCGCUCGGGCGAGGGCCGACGCCCCGCCCGCCGCGGACGCCUGA